AUGAGCAAAAAGUUCAAGUCGCAGGCCUCCAGCAGUCGCGCUGCUGCUAGCGCCUUUGGAUCUUUUGGUGGGUUCUCCAGUGCUUUUAGUAGUAAUGGCCGGGAGCCGUCUGCUCUCACAUACAUCGCGGAACCACCGGAUCUCUCUCGCAUCUCAGACCAGCAUUUGGCUCUUGAAGAGCUCAAGGAGCAUAUUGCUUCUGUGGAAAAGAACCGCGGAACUCUGGAUGAUGGCUUUCUAGAGGCAUGGGUUAAAAUCUAUCCUCGAGCUUCAAUUGACCUGUCUCGACGGGUCAGACAAUUAGCUCAUCUCAUACAAGGCUCAAUUGCUAGUCUUGUCGGUAAGCGAAUCGCGCCUUAUCUACCGAAAGUUGUUGGAGCGUGGAUCGCAGGACUCUACGACAAUGAUCGACCAGUUCAUCGCUCCGCGUUGGAUUCCUUCACUAAAGCUUUCUCAACCGAGGACAAGAGAAGCAAUUUGUGGAAGGUGUUCCAAAGCUCCCUUUUGGAUUUUGUGGACGAUGUCCUUCUUCACCAGACGGUCUUGACACUGAGUGAUGAACGAACCGUGAAACGAGAUGAUGCCGAGGCAAAAUAUGCACGCGUCGUGGGAGCUGCGCUCAUGCUCUUCAAUCGCAUCUUAGCUAAUUCCGCAGAUGAGGAGUUACAGAAAAAUCUUGCCGAAAUAGAAAACCUCCUGGCUAGCAAGUCUGUAUGGGCUUUUUGCAGCCAUGAGGAUCCCUUUGUCCGCCGAUCUGCGUAUAUUCUGCUGCGAUCAGCUUUGUCCCGAGAGCCCGCUUGGCUGGACUGGAAGGUUGCUAGUUCUGCAGUCAUAGGGAAAUCACUCUCCAUUUCCCAGUUGGGCUCGGCCUCUGAACUGUCUGAGACUCUGCUGCUUUUGACUAAGUCGAGACCCUCCAAGCCCUCCAGGAAGGUCUUAACUCUUAGGGAGGAGCCUCGUCAAAAUCUCACUGUUGGAUGGAAAUCUUACAUUGAGAUUGGGACAUGGCUUGUAUCUCUUGUGCCCCCCGAGCAAAGAGCAGAGCUUAUCCAGAUGAGGCUUUCUCCAAUAGUCGUGCAGUACGUGCGACCUGAGUCUGAUCAUAUCCAGUGGUCACUCCCUCUCCAAUCAGGCGAAAGUAUCAGUGCUGAUUAUCUUGCCCUUUUAUCCUCCCACGAGCACACCGAGGAUUUACGAGCCAUGUGGAUGAAGCUUUCGGAUGAGCUCCUCGAAGCGGUAAAGUUGUCAUCACCAGAACAAUCUAAGGACUUCCAAUCAUCUCAGGACGCGAUCUGCGCGCAAUCAAAGCGUUUCUUUGCUUUGGAACCUGCCCUCCUCGCACGGGUCGCAGAAACACAGAACGAGGCACAGGUGCAGGCGAUCUUCAAAACGUCGAACUUUUCUCUUCUGGAGGGUUGCUUGCAAGUCCUACGUUCGCGCAAUGGCAAACCCUACGGCGCUGCUGGAGUCGUACAGGAAUGCGUUCGCAGCAUGCCCUCUGUUGCCCAAAGGUCUGAGGAGCUUGCUAAGUUUGUUGAAAAGGAUGCCCCGGAACUCCUGUUUUCGCCCUCGGCAGACCGCCUCAUUGCAAUUAUGUUGGCAUGCCGGGAGUGGGAUGGGUUCGCUGCCAGCUUUGAAAACGUCGUCGAGCGGGCUAUGGAGCUGGAGCCAGAACAAUCAAAUACCGAUGUCCUCCAAAGUCUGCUCUCUGCACUCAACUUCAAUGAGAUUGGGGGUAAAGCCAAACUUACGUCUGUUGUCAUGCGGGCUUUGAAUGAGGCUUGUAAGGGCAGUCAAGCCCACUGGCCGAUUAUCACUGCCGUUCUUCAAAAUCAGACCUCUCGAGGUGAAUUGAUGGAUGGUAUCUUCCUAUCGAUCAUUGAUUCGCUGUCCCUGGAUGAAACAGUUUUCAAUGCUUUGGAUGGACUUUCUCGCCUCGGAAAUGCUGUACCUAUGGCCGUGCGUGAAUUCCAAAGUGGUACACACGGCGCUAAAUUGACUGGGAAACUGUUAUUCCUCACCGAGUCUCCCUCUGAGGAGGUGGCCCACAUGGCCGAGUCAAUUAUGAAGACAUUCAAGGAGACUUUUGUUGGCGAUACCAGCAACAAGUCAAAGAUUGAGAUACUCCAUCAUGGGCUUACUGACGCAAACGAAGAGUCUUUGUCGAUCGAGUCUCUGAUCGCCAUUGCGGAGGAGCUGCUCCAGGGCCUUGAGUCCGACGGGGCUGCCUAUAAUUUGAAGGAUAUCUUGCCAUCUCAUCGCUCAUGGGAGGAUGUGUUAGGACCUUUCCUUCAAUUGCCACCCCGGCCGUCGACAGCCAUCACAAGCCCGCUGGGCGGUGCAGUUAGUUUGGUUCAACGCGAUCUCUCUGAUUCAUUCAAGGCCAUGUUGCUUGCAAUUCCCCGAGACUCGGCACGUUGCUCAGCUGCAUUCCGUCUGGCAAGUUUUACGAUUAGAAUUAUGUCCUCCAAUGUUACCAAGAGACUGGACCAGGAGAGCCAUGAGACACUAUUCUACUUCGUCCCCCUGGCCGUUCAACUGAUCGAUGAUGACCUCAGUAUUGAGAACUGCAAUGGAAUAACAGGCCUAGAGCUAGCAGAGCAACGCGAGGAAUACCUGGAGAUUGUCUUCAAGGGACGACAGUUAGUUAGUGACUGGAUUCGCUCAAAGGAGUCAGUGGCUUCUUCAGACUUGACUAUUUCUUCUCUUCUGGCAUCCUUCUGGGAAACCAAGCUGGAGGCACUCAACAUGACUGCCGCCAUUGAUUAUAGGAUCGGCGAGGCAUUUGUCAAGAUCAUGGCUUCCGCAGAUUCAUUGGACACGUCCAAGUCUGCUGAUGACGUUGCCAGAAUUUGCAGAGAGGCACGUACUGCCAACAGCAUCCGGUCGGCCUCGUGGUUUGCUAUCCUCCGAAGCUCGAUACUUUCCAACCCCGUUGGAAACCGGAUCUGCAAUGAGCUGAUUGCGGAUUCGAUUGGGCUCAAGCCACAAGAUACUUCCUCGAGUGGUUUACGAAAGCUUGUACUCCUCAAUAUUCUGCUGUCUGGGGAAGAAGAUGUCAUCUCGACCAUUCCAGCGCAGCGAGUGGUUUUCCUGGUCAAACAUCUGCUGGAAUGCCUUCAUUCUAGUAUCGAGCUCUUCGGACUGAAGGCCGAAAUUAUCAAAACUCUGUCUUUCGUUAUCCCUGGUAUCGCCGAGCUCUAUGGAUCCCAUUGGGUAGAUAGCAUGGAGGUUUUGAGCGCGAUCUUGGAAGAGACGAACGGGAGCGAGAAUGGCCUUCCCUUACUCGUAUCCUCUUUCAGACUCUUCGCUCGUCUGAAGUCCAUGGCCGAGGGCAAAGAUAGUAACGAUGAUCUCCAGGAAGCUUGGUCUGAGCGAAAGACUGGGUUGUUCAACAAGCUGGCUUCCACCAUUGGAAAGUUUGACUCAUCUACCACAUUCCACCAACCUCGGGAUGUCGCUGUUGAUAUUUUGCAACGCCUGAUCAAUGUUAUUCCUAUCGGGAAACUUGAGGAAGUCAGCGGAGUAUUUGGACUCUUGACGGCGCACAGUCGCGCCGUCCAACGCACAGCAUACACUCUCCUGCAUCGUUAUGUCCCUCAGAUUCAAGAACAGGUAUCCUUUGACGUGGCCCUAUCUAAGACCUCAGUCAGUCUGCCUGAUGAACUUGUGUCUCUCUUACUCGAGACACCAACAAUGAAGGGAGUAUCAAUGUCAUGGGGAGAUGAUAAGAUGUGGACUAGUAUGAGAUCUUAUCUCUUGAGCUGGAAGAUAGUUUUUGAUCACUUCUCCAAUGCGUCCCUACCCGUCCAAGAAUACUACACCGCUAGUAUCAAGGAGAACGACAUCCUAGUCCCGCUUCUGGAGUUUACUUUUGACUUCCUUCAAAAAUCGCAUGGGAGGAUCGCAGAUGCAUCUAAGUUUAAUGUGCUAUCCUUUGAGCCUGAUCAGUCUGAAUCAGCGGAAAAGGAAACCGAAUGGCUUCUGAUCCAUUUGUACUACCUUUGCUUGAGACAUUUGGCCAACAUGACCAAGAACUGGUGGAUCGACACCAAAAAACGGAUCAAGGGACCAGUCGAAGCCUGGACCGAGAAAUACAUCUCGCCCCUUGUGAUCGGCGACUCUCUUCACGGUGUCACCGAGUGGGUUUCCACCCAAGAUCCUGACGAGGAACGGGCUUUGAGCGUUAGAAUUGCGCCCAAGACAGCAGAAAUCAUCGCCAGCAUCCCCGUAGAUGAGGAAUCACCGCCAGUUUCCAUUUCGAUCUCGCUCCCACCAGCAUACCCGCUUCACUCUGCCAUUGUCGUCGGCCGCAGUCGAGUGCUUGUAGAUGAGAAGAAGUGGAAGAGCUGGCUACUCACCAUUCAGGGCGUCAUCAUGUUUGCCAACGGCAACCUGGUUGAUGGUCUGCUAGCAUUCCGUCGUAACGUCCAGGGUGCCUUGAAGGGACAAAGCGAAUGUGCUAUCUGUUACUCGGUCAUCUCGACGGAUAUGCAGACACCGAACAAGCGCUGCGCGACGUGCAAGAACACCUUCCACUCGGUGUUAGAUAUCUUUGCGUGGAAAAAUGAACUUGGGCGUGACGCCAUUCCGCCGCGGGGCUUCCCCACUAAACUCCAAGCUUCCUCCCAUGUCACGUCCGUCAUGGCUGCGCCUAGAAUUCCCAAUCUGAACACGCUCCGUCGAGGACGUGGUCGAGGUCGCGGAAUAGACCGCACUGAAAUUGGUCAUGGCCACCCGACUAGCAAGGAUCGCAUUGUGCAGGGCACCGACAAUGACGCCAGCGUCUCCCGAAUGAGCGCGGUUGAGCUGGGAUAUCUCGACGACCCACUCUUCUCCAACCGCCAGCCCUCGGACAUAAUCUACCAUGAGCUAGACUUUGCCGUCAACACGACCACGAAGAUUCGUGCGAUCCGAUCAACACCUUCUCUACAGCAAGCACUUAGGCUUGAUGCCUCUCCAGAUCGCGUGACAGUAUCCGAAAUGGGCGACGAGCUACACUCCCCUUCGUACCACAUCCACCCUGUGGACUUGCGAUCGCUGUCGGCGGGCAGCUCCCUUUCAGAAACGCUUCCGGGCGUGGAUACAACACUGCCAACUCUGUUGAUCUCAGAGUGCUGUCUGAUCUAUCUCUCCCCAACCGAAGCUGCACAGGUGGUCUCAUUUUUCACCGAGCAUCUUUUCGGGCCCAUGAAUAAACCAGCCGGCGCUGAAGAGGACGCGCUACCAAAUUCGCAGACUCCUCUUGGCUUGAUCCUAUAUGAACCAAUUCGCCCAGACGACGCGUUCGGUCGCACUAUGGUCUCUAAUCUUGCGACACGAGGUAUUCAACUCCAGACUCUCCAUAGAUACGCCUCAUUGGAAGCGCAGCGAGCACGACUACGCGAACAUGGGCUCGAUAGUGGCCAGGCGGUCGCUGACAUAGAUUUUAUUUGGGAACGCUGGGUCAGCGAAGAGGAGAAAGAGCGUGUUGCCAGUCUUGAAAUGCUAGAUGAGAUGGAAGAAUGGCGCUUACUUGCACGGCAUUAUUGCAUUGCUUGGGGAUGGCGGAACGGAAAUGAUGCCACGGCCUUUGGUGGGUGGACAACUAUUGAAGCCCAACCAGGUCAUUGA